GUCGCGGGGCUCUCCUCCAUCCCUCAGGGCAUCACCAACACCUGUUGCUCUCAACAAGUCACCACCUGGCAUCGCUGCUUCAUCAUCAGCACCAUCAUCGUUAUCAUCAUCUCCAGUAUCAUUCGACUCAUUGCUGCUCUAUCAUGGAGCCGCACCCCAAGCGUCUGGCGCGGCGGCGGCUGCGACGACGAGCAACCAUUCCCAUUCCCAAGCUUCAGCCCACGGCUCCCGCCGCCACUCCCUCUUCCGUCGCCGAAGCCUCACGCCCCCGCGCCGCGCCUCUGCCGCGCUGCUGCUUCCGCUGCUGGCCUCUGGCCGUUUCCUCUGCGACAAACGCCUGCUGCUUGCUCUGCUUGCUCUGCUCGCGACGGGUCUCGUCGCGUUACUCGGCGGUUUCGCGGGGCUUCGCAGGCCAGUUCCGAUUGGGAGCUCGCAGUACCACCACGAUCGGUGGUUCCGAUUGGGAUCUUCCUCCGAGGAGUCAUGCGCGGCGGUGCUUUCUGGGCUAUUCCAAUACGACGUUGUGAUUAUAACAGAGGGCAGCACAGCAGCGCGCCUGGUGUCGCUGGCGGGGGUGCGAGGCACAGCCUUGGCGGCAGGGCUGUCUGUGAAGGCGCUGUGGGUGCUUGACGCCAGCUUCAUGCUAGACGCCCGCCACGUGCACGCUGCCUCCUCCUUCUCUUCGCUCUUCGCUCUGCAUUAUGACCAAAGGUUUUCUGUGGACGAUGUGACAACAGCAUGUGUGGCCGACCUGCUGGAACAGGCGCCGCAGGAACUCACGGUUUCGUACAGAGAGGUGUGCGUCGGCGAGUGCAGCAGCAGCGCACGCCAAGCCGCAGGUUGCGGUGUUGCGAGCGGGAGCAGAAAUUGGAGCGGGCAGGGGAGCGGGAGCGGGAACAGGAGCGAGGAGGGGAAUGGGAACGGCAACGGCAUGUUCGUGCGAAUGCUGCUGUCUGAACAUGCGCGGGCAUCACUAGGAGGGGCCCACCUCUGCUGGUCCGCUGCUGAGCUGGCUUCCAGCCUGCAGGCGCUGCGUCCAACUCAGCGCAUCCUCCGCCAGCUGGCAGCAGAGGACCUGCCACGUGUGCAGCAAUCCACAGCAGUGUUCCUAGAGACUCCUGCCCUGGCUGCCCUGCCAACCUCUCGCUCCUCAUCCCCCCCUCCUGCUCCAACUGCCACACCCUCCCCUUCUCCCAUUCCCUCUCCUCCCCACUUCCCCCAUCAGGAUACCCCUCUGGACUCCUGCCCCGGCUGCCCAGCCAACCUCUCCCUCCUCGUCCCCCCCUCCUGCACCAACUGCCACACGCUCCCCUUCUCCCACUCCCUCUCCUCCUGCGCCGCCCGCCGCAUCGCCUACGCCGCCCUGCGCCGCCCGGACCGCGACUUCACUGUGGCUGCUACAGUGCCGUCUGCCGCCCAGGCUGUGGCCGGCAUGUUCCACGAGUCACGGGCACCGCUGGUGCUGCAGGCAACGCGGAAGAGGGGGGAGUUGGGGUGCGGAGCAGGGGCAUGGUGGGGGGGAUGGGCGGGGGGGAGUGUCUGGGGAGAGGGUGGGGGCGCGGGGGGCAUCUGGGGAGGGAUUGGGAGGGGAAGAGGGGGGAAGAAGUGGGGGAGGAGGAGUGGGUGGUGGAGCGGUGUGCUAGGGGCGGGGCAAUGGGGGAGGAGCGACUUAAGGAGUGGCGGAAUGGAGAGUUGGUGGGGGUGGAAGUGGGUGGUUGGAGGACGAGGAAGAAGGGAGCUGUGUGCUCAACUGGAGAUCGUGGAGUUUCUCGCUCUGGCCCACGCGCCCUCGCUCGUCUUUGCCCUCCACGAUUCCCCCGAGGCCCGCCUGCUCACGGCCUUGGCUGCUGCUGCCAGGGGUCCCCUCGGCCUCCCCCCUGCUGCGGUGGAGCCUGCUGUCUGCCCCUCGCCCAUGCUGCCGCCCCUGGCCUCCCUGCGGUUUGCACAGCAGAUGAUCAUGGACGAAAAACUCGGGGUGAUGUACUGCCAGAUUCAGAAAGUGGCGUCAACGAGCUGGAAGAUGUGGAUGCGCAGCGAGCGGGGCUUUAAGCACAUCACAUCCUACUUCCACACGCACCACGCGGGCGUGAACGGGCUCACGCUCAUGGGGCGAGAGAUGGGCGAGGACGACGUGAUGUUCCACAUGACGCGGCGCGACCUGUUGAAGGUGGCGUUUGUGCGCCACCCGCUGCCGCGCCUGCUGUCGGCGCACGGGGACAAGCUGGCUAAUGGCGGGGAGAGCCGCAACGUCAGCAUGUGGAACGAGCUGUUGUUGGGCCAUGACCGCUUGAAGCGUCACGGGUUCGCGGUGAACAGCACUGUGAGCUUCAAAAAUUCGGCUCGCUUGGUGGCAGAGAUUCUCCGAGAAACGGGCGGUAAUGGGGAUAAACAUAUUGCCACACAGACACAGCUGUGCGGACUGGACAUAAUCAAAUACGACAUUGCUGGCAAAUAUGAAACCCUGCAAGAGGAUAUGCUGCGGGUGGUGACGCGGCUGAACCGGUCGACGGAAAACGCAAUGAAGAUCUUCAAGCUGGGUUCGAAGUUCCACAAGACAAGGGCGGAGCAGCGCAUGCGUGCGGCGUAUGAUCAGGACACUAUCAAGAUUGUGGAGUCAGCAUAUGCUGCUGAUUUUGAUAUUGCAUUGAAUAAUAUUAGCUAUAGUGUUCCUGAUGUUCUUCAAGAUAUUGUAGGAGUAGCUGAUGCUCCUGCGGAACGGCUAGGGUUCCCUCCAAUUUCUCCUAUGUACUCGGCAACACCAGGGUCGGGCCUACCGGUUACAGGGGCCGUUGGCGGGAGAACAGGGACAGGAUUACCCGUUACAGGGUUACCAGGCGGAGUUACUGGGGGCAGCGGCACUGGAAGCAGCAGCACCACCAGCACCAGCAGCGGCAUCACCGGAGGUAGCGCCGCGUUUGCCGCUCCCUCCUCGUCCCUGCACCUCUCCCCGCCUUUCCCGCGCCUUGCUGCCUCUGCGGCCGUCGCCAGCACUACCAUCAGCAUCACCACUGGCACCGGCGGCGGCGGCGGCGGCGCGACCAGCUCUUCUUCAGCAGUCGAGGACCAAGGCGGCGGAACCGCGACAGUUGCGUCGGGUUUCUCCCCGCAUGUCUUUAACAUCCCGUCGGGCGGCGCGGCGGUGGGCGGAGGGACGUCCACGUGGCUGCAGGCCGACCAUCCACAUCACCACCAGGUGCUGAUCCCGUCCGCGGCGCACAAGCGCGCCACGUUCGUCUCGUCCGAAGGCGCGCAGCUCGCGGGCGGAAUAAGCGGCGGAAGUGGCGGCGGGAUAGGCGGCGCGAGAGCCGGAAUAGGCGGAUUGAAUAUAGGCGGGGUGAAUCUAGGGCCCCCCGUUUCGUCGCCCACCCCGGAAGUAAUCACAAUCACGGUCCCGCCCGCAUGGGACGAUCACCCCGCUACAGCGUCCUCUUCCGGGAUUGGUCGGCCAGGGCAGCAAACCCUAGAACGCGAGCAGCCAAUCCCAGCGCAGAGCUCGCGACCGUUACCUGAAGGGCGGGCGAAGGAACCCAAAGAGAAAGACGAGAAGGCGGAGGAGGAUUGGCGGAGAGGGCGAGUGAAGAUCCCACCACACGAUUACAGCCACGUGUCAGCAGCGUCCCAGGGGCUAUUCCUCUCAGUCUUCUACUGGUUUCCGCCUGACGAGGAGGAUUACGAAACCCCCCCCGGGACCACCUGGGUGGAGCUGGUAGCUCUCUCUAUCCUACUCCUCGGCGCUGCUGCUGCUCUGCGCUCCGCCUUCCCCCGUUUCUUUGAUCGCCUGGCGCUGCUGCUGCACACCGCGUUCCCCCGCUCGCGGCUGUUGGUUAAGCGGCUGCAGAGAGUGAAACGGGUGGUGGUGAGGGCCGUGGCGGACGGUACUGGGUUUGGCAGGUUGGGAAUCGGGUCUGGGCUGGGCCGAGGGGGCGGGGGAGGGGGAGGCGGAGGCGGAGGGGGGAGUAUCCUCCCUUCCUGGGCGCAUUACUUGCCGUUUGGGGGGCUGGGUGGGGGAGGGGGAGGGGGAGGGGCAGCAGCGGCGGCGGCGGCAGCAGCCGGAGCAGGAAUGGGGUAUGCGUCUGGCCCUCGGCCGUUCAGGCUAAGAGGGACAGGAGGAACAGGGAACUACUCUGCUCUGGAUAAGAAGUUUGCGUCUAGUGGGGGCGGAAGCUGGGAAUAUCUAGGGUACAAUCGUAGUGGCAGGGGGGGAGGGAGAGGGAUCAGUAAUAAUGGUAAUGGUGGUGGUGGUGGUGAUGAUGGUGGUGGUGGCACUGGUGCUGCCGGUGAGAGGGAGAGAGAUAGGGAGAGGGACCGGGAGGGUGGUUCGGAUAGCGGGGGAGGAGAGGGGUCUUCCACAGCAGCUGCCGGACCUGCCGGUGCGGCGGGUCUUUCGUCUCGUAGCGCCUCCCGAGCGGCAUCUGGGUGCGGGAUCCACGUGUAUGCCAACGGGGACCGGUACGAAGGAGAAUUUUACCAGGGCAGAUGCUCGGGCAGCGGAGUGUACAUUUUUUCGGGCAGCGGGCGGUAUGAAGGCGACUGGGUGGACGGAAAAUACGAUGGGUAUGGGAUUGAGACUUGGUCGCGGGGGAGUCGGUAUCGCGGGCAGUACAGGAAGGGGCUGAGGGAGGGGUAUGGGGUGUAUAGGUUUUAUACCGGGGAUGUGUUUGCGGGGAUGUGGGCGAAAGGGCAGAGCCAUGGGGUGGGAGUGCAGACGUGCGGCGAUGGCAGCAAGUAUGUGGGCGAGUUUGCAUGGGGCGCCAAGCAUGGAUUCGGCAAGUACACCUUCAGGAACGGCGACACGUACGCAGGGGAGUACUUUGCCGACCGCAUGCACGGGUACGGGGUGUAUGAGUUCAGCAACGGGCACCGGUACGAGGGCGCGUGGCACGAGGGGCGCAAGCAGGGCCUGGGCAUGUACACCUUCCGCAACGGCGACAUGCGCGCCGGCUACUGGCACCUCGGCGCCCUCGAGACCCGCAGCACCAACACCCUCCCGGCCUCGCCCACUGGGAGUGGGCCGGGUGGAGGGACGCUGGGGGGUGGAGCUGGUGCGGGGGUUGGGGGUGGUGGGAGUGUUGGGGUUGGGGGUGCGGGCGGGGUGGGUGGUGGUGGUGGGGAGAGUGGGACCGGGGGAGCGGCUGGUGCGUUGGGUGGUGGGGCAGGGCCAGGGACAGGGGGAGGAGCGGGGAUGGCGGGAGGGGUGGCAGGAGGGCCAGGAGGAGGGCCGGCAGUGUCGGUGGGAGGAGGAGGGGGAGGCAGUGGGUUGGUGUCACCGGUACGGACUCCUUUGUCUGCUGGUGGGAUGGGGCUGUCCACGCCACUCACACCACACACACCCCACUCGGCCUCGUCGCCGAACGCUGUCAACCACUCCCGCGUGCUGCAUGCCGUUCAGGUGGGUGCUCGUGGUUGCUCGGGUGCCGCAUGUCGUUCAGGUAGGCGCUCAGAGCACUCCUGCUUCUCCCCUUCUGAUCUGGUUUGUAUCUCCCAGGAGGCACGCCGGGCAGCAGCAAAGGCGGAGAAUGUGCUGAGAGUGGAUGACCGGGUCGGCUCGGCGCUUCCUUUUUUCCUAGGGCUGGGCUGUGCCACGUGUUCCUGCUCGUUCUGCACGGGCAUCGUGCUCGUCACGUGCGGCGACAGCCUCUCCUCGCCGCUCAGCGCCCCUCCCCGAGCACCGCGUGAUAGCAAAUCGUACGCGACGCGCAAUUCCCUUAACGGAGCUUACAUCGGAAGCAGCGCCGCAUUCGACGGGGGCUCGUCGUUUGGAGGGAGCGAUCUCGUUUUUUCAGCAGAACAGCCGUGGACAGCGGAUCAAUACGCGGCGCGCUCUCUCCCAUUCGCUGGUGUCGCCGGCCUCCUGUGCAUCGCCUCUGCACUCGCCGUCGCUCCAAGCGUCGUUGCUGUCGUCGCGGCAAUUCCGGUCCUUGUCGAGUUCAUGAGCGUGGGGGGCCUACGACGAGGUCAACACACUGACCAGACACACGAGACAGGUUACCCCCUUGUCAAUCUAGCACACUUGAUUGUAGGUUUAACAGCCUCAGUGCGGUCCAGGAGGAGGAACAUGAGCGCAAGAGCCCUUCAGGGAAAUACACAUGGGGUUACUUGGGCGAUUCCGUCGCUUCUUGCUGCUUCCGCCCCGUCCUCGUCCUCCUCUUCUCGCCGGCCAACCACAGCCGUCCGUGCGGGCCGUGGGAUCAGCCACGUGGACGGCCUGGAUCCGGAGGAGUUCAAGAACGCGCGGAUCACGGUGACGGACGACGGUAUCAUUUUUUCCAUGGUGGAUGAUGGGGAGGCAGAUGGGGAGGACGAAGUUCCAGAGGGUGUGUGGGAGGGGGAGGAGGGGACAGAGGGGGAGGAGAGGUCGGUUGUGGGUUGGGUGGAAGAGAAGGGAAGGGAUGAGGACUGGAGUGCGGAGGAGGAGGAGGAGGAAGAGGAAAGUGGCGGGGAGCAGGCGGCGGCGGGAGUGAUGCGGGAGGCGCAGAGGGUGAUGGAAGAAGCGGCGAAGCUACUUAGCGUGGCGGAACGACCUGUGGUUGAUGUGGCCGUGAGUGACGAUGAGGAGGAGGACGUGGGGGAAGCGGAAGAGGAUAACGAGGCGGAGGAGGAAGAGGCGGAAGAGGUGGUAGAUGAGGGAGAGGCGGAAGAGGAGGAAGAGGCCGAAGGGGAGGCCGUGAUGGAAACAGAGGAGCAGGUGGGUGCACAGGACAGCAAGAGGGAUGUGAAGGCAUCGGAGGAGGAGGAGGCGCUUAUUUAUGACCCACCACCGCCAGUGGACUUGGGUGUGGGUCUGGAGGGGACGCUUGGCACCACUGCUGCUGAUAGCAGCCCCAUUGCGGACAGCAGCUAUGGUACCGAGGGAGAGCGGAACAGCAGGGGGGAGGUAGAGGCGUUGGAGGAGGCGCCUACUUAUGACCCGCCAGCGUCAGUGGACUUGGGUGUGGAUAUGGAGGUGGCUCUUGGAGACGCUGAUGCUGCUGGUAGCAGUCCCGUUGCCGACAGCAGCUACAGUGCUGGGGAUGGCUUUGGUGCUGAUGUGAGCUCUGUUGGUGAUGUGAGCUACGGUGCUGAUGUCAGCGAUGGUGCUGAUGUCAGCUACGAUGCUGUUGUCAGCUACGAUGCUGAUGUCAGCUACGAUGCUGAUGUCAGCUACGAUGCUGAUGUCAGCUACAGUGCUGAUGUCAGCUACAGUACGGAUGUCAGCUACGGUGCUGAUGAUGCGAGCUAUAGCAUAGGCAGCAGCUACAGUAAUGGCAUCAACACCAGCCUCGGCAGCAGCACUUUCGGCAGCAGCAGCACACGUGGUGGCACGGAGGUGGAUCUAGAGGAGGAGGAGAGGCGCGUGGCAGAGCGGCUCAAGGCCCUGGCGGGGUUGGCACUGGGGGGAGAAGAGGGAAUCGCAGUGAGGGGAGAGGGUUUCGGGUUGGGUGAAGUGAGGAGGGAGGAGGCCGUGGGACGGCAGGAGGCAGAGCAGGCUGAGGAGAUGCGCCUGCGAGCAGAAAACAAGGCUGCAGUGAAGGAGAGAGAAGCUGCUGUGAGGGAGAUGAGGGGAGGAAAUCGCCAGGAGAAGCUACAGGCGCUGCAGGCAGAGCACGAGUUUGUCACAGCUAAAAUGUUUUUCUACCCCGAGGCCGGGCAGGUUCGGGCAGGCGAAAUUGUGGAUAUUUUUUUCCACCGCCCGGCGAGCGCGCUGAAGGAGAAGGCUGGGAUUUUUGUCGUAGGUGCUUUUAACGAGUGGCAGUGGGAGCCAUUUAAGUAUGAGCUGAAACCUUCUAACGAGGUGACAAACGACUGGUGGACGUGCAGUGUGACUAUACCGAAGGAGGCCUAUCAGAUGAACUUCGUGUUCCACAGCAGUGAUAACGUGUAUGAGAACAACGAUUGGCGAGAUUUCUUCAUCUCAGUGGAUGGGGGCAUGGGGGAGGAUGAGUUUGAACGGUUUUUGAACGAGCAGAAGCAGAGGGAGGCGGAGGAGAGGGCAGCAGAGGAGGCGGAGAGGGAGCGGAAGGCAGAGGAGGAGAGACGGGCCGCCCUGCUGCGAGCCCAGCAGGAGGAGGAACGGGCGACGGCCCGAGCCGUGGCUGAUGAGGCUCGGGAGAGGCUCGGGCCGGUCUGGGAGAGUGCAGGGGCGGGAGAGGAAGGGGUGUGGCGCGUGGAGGUGAAAGAAGGGGCGGAAUGGGGAGGGAAGGUGGCAGGGGAAGGAGGGGGAGUUGAGAGGGGGGUGGUGGUGAGGGUGGAGUAUAAUAGGGCGGGUAGGCCUCUGGCAGGGGCGGGGGAGGUGUGGCUGCAUGCAGGGGUGAAUGGGUGGCAGGGCGGCGUGUCUGUUGUGGAGAAACUGGAGCCUGUUACUAAUGAGGAUGGCGACUGUGGCACUUACUGGGUGUUUGCAGAUGGGCCGGUGGAGAGAGUGGGCGCGUGGGACAGCAACUGCAGCAAGACCUUUAUUACCCUCUCCCUCCUUCCCUAUCCCCUCUUAUGCAGUCACUCUACCCCAGGACGCAUCGCUGCUCCCCAAGACGCAGUGGCGCUCAACUGGGUGUUUGCAGACGGGCCGGUGGGGAAAGCAGGCGCGUGGGACAACAACAGCCGGCAGGACUUUGCUGGGCGGAUUGGCAGCGCGGAGAGGAUUGAGGCUCUGUUUGAGGGCAUGGCGGCUGAGUGCUUGCAACGACUGGAGCAGGAGAGGGAGGAUCGGGAGGCAAAAGAGGCUGAGGAGGCAGCCCGGCGUGCAGAGAUCAAGGCAGCCAUGAAGGCACGCACCAAGGCAGCCUUCCUGCAGUCCCAGGCACACGUGUUCUUUACUGAGCCUGCAGAGCCGAGAGCAGGAGAGGCAGUGCGCGUGUACUACAACCCCAGCGGCACGGCGCUGCAGGGAAGGGAGAAAGUGUGGAUGCGCGGGUCGUUCAACCGCUGGACCCACCGCUCGGGGUGCUUCCUGCCCCUUCACAUGCUGCCCGCUGACAAUGGCACCCACCUCGUUGCUGAAGUCCUCGUGCCUCAGGAUGCAUACAUAAUGGACCUUGUCUUCAUGGACAGCAGCGACCCCACUACAGCAACGUAUGACAACCGGGGGGGGCUGGACUACCAUGUGCCCGUGGCGGGUAGCACUGCCAGGGAGCCGCCCCUCUACAUCGUGCAUGUUGCGCUGGAGAUGGCACCCGUUGCCAAGGUGGGGGGUCUGGGCGAUGUGGUGACAUCCCUGUCGCGAGCCACGAUUGAGCUGGGCCAUCGGGUGGAGGUGGUGCUGCCCAAGUACGACUGCCUUAAAUAUGACCAGGUGCAAGGGCUGGAGGCGAGGGGCGAUUUCCUGUGGGGCGGCACGCGGUGGCUGGUGUGGCACGGGCGGGUGGAGGGCAUUCCCGUUCACUUCCUGGAGCCAGACAGCGGGUUGUUCUGGGUGGGGUGCAUCUACGGCCGCAAGGACGACGCUGCCCGCUUCGGCACCUUCUGCCACGCGGCCCUCGAGUUCCUGCUGCAGACGGGCCGCUCCCCAGACCUUUUGCAUUGCCACGACUGGUCGUCAGCGUCGGUGGCGUGGCUGCAGAGGGAGCAGUACAGCGGGUACGGGGGGGCCAAUGCGCGCACGGUGUUCACCAUCCACAACCUGGAGUUCGGGCAGGACAUGAUUGGCCGCGCCAUGGCUGCAUGUGACAUGGCCACCACUGUAUCCCCCACAUAUGCAGCGGAGGUCAGUGGGCAUGCAGCAGUGGCAGCGCACAGGGCGAAGUUCCACGGCAUUCUGAAUGGCAUCGACCCCGACCUCUGGGACCCCAUGGGGGACCCCUUCCUCCCGAUGAAAUAUUCUUCCGCCGAAGUGGUGGAGGGCAAGCAGGCAGCCAAGGCAGAGCUCCGCGCGCGCCUCAACCUCCGCUCCUUCCCUCCAGCCGAGGACCGUCCCCUCGUGGGGAUAGUGACGCGCCUGACAGCGCAGAAGGGCAUAGCGCUGAUCAAGCAUGCCCUGUGGCGCACGUUGGAGAGGGGCGGGCAGGUGGUGCUGCUGGGGUCGGCCCCUGAUGGGCGCGUGCAGGGCGAGUUUGAGGCGCUGGCGAGGGACUUAGGGCGGUCGCAUGGAGACAUGGCUCGGCUGUGGUUGUCUUAUGAUGAGCCGCUCUCGCACCUGAUUUACGCAGCCAGUGACAUGAUUCUCGUCCCCUCCAUCUUUGAGCCGUGCGGGCUGACCCAGCUGGUUGCAAUGCGGUACGGAGCGGUACCGGUGGUGCGGAAGACAGGCGGCCUGAGAGACACAGUAAUGGACGUGGAUAGUGAGGAGGACAUGCAGAGAGCAGCAGAGAGGGGCAUGGAGCCCAAUGGGUUCUCCUUUGAAGGGGCCGAUGCUGCUGGCGUUGACUAUGCGCUCAACAGGGCAAUCUCGGGGUGGUACGAUGGGAGGGAGUGGUGGCAGGGCCUGGCAAGGCGAGUGAUGGAGCAGGACUGGACGUGGAACCGCCCUGCUCUCGACUACCUCGAGCUCUAUUAUGGUGCUCGGAAAUAG